AUGCCCUCAUCAAACGCAAUUCGCGGUCCCACCGUCAUUCCACUCCUGAAGCUCUUAUUGAUCGCAUCGGCGACUGGUUUGAUCUUCCACGUCAUUACUCGUCGCGCCUCCGGAGCGUCGUUGCUACUGAAGUGUAGAUACCGAAUGAUUUCUUCAAACCGAUGGCGGGCCAUAUACUUGCCAAAGGUGCCUUUUGGGACGGCACCAUGCGCGUUCGUAGCCCAGUGA